AUGCAAGGAAGAGAUUUAGGUAGGAUAAGAUAACUUUAAAUCGCCAUAACUUUUUGACCGCUCAAUGAAAUAAGUCUAAAAUUUGAGAGAGAGAAGAAAAAGUCAUUUAAGUCGUAUUUUAUAAAAAUAAUAGCAUUUUUGGUAUUUUUUCAUCUUGUUGUAUUUAAAAAUGGCAUUAAAAUUAAAGUUUAAAAAAACUGCUUUCAGAUCAGUUCUUUGAAGCGAUCCGUAACAAAAAUCGUAUUUUCAACCGUAAUGUUACAAAGGUUUGCCAAGGGACUGAUUUAUCAGAACAUUACCUUCUUAUGAAGAGGAUAUACGUGCCAUCUUUGAUGUGUUCGUUGGUCAAGAACGCUGGAGGAAGCUUGGAUCCUUUAAAGUUUGAUCCUGUAUUGUAUGUUAGUGCUUUUCUGCUUGUGUUAUGUGAAGGGAGAGUAGUGUAAGUUUUUAAUUUGAGUACUCAAUAUUACGAAUUUUAUUACCUAAAUUAUGUUUUUUUAAAGUUUUUUAAUUUUUUUUAAAUUUAUUUUUCAGUCCACCUACAACUACAGCAACUACUCCUGACUGGUCUGUAUUUGUUAGGGACGCGUACAUAGAGGAUUGUAACCACCCAGACCUUUGGUAUUAUUGUCAGAUGGUAAAGUUCUUUUUCAUAAGAGACGAUCCAAGAAGACAAGGCGUUUGUAACGCCAUCAGUUUGGAACAAGAAGUCGAAUGUCUGGUCACUCAGGUGGAUCCUAAGGAACGGUAGGGUAAAAAAAUACAGUUUUUUUUAUUUUUUUGUUUGGGUAGGGUAGGGGAGAGCCAAAUGUGGCUUUUAAAGUGUCAUAGAUAUGGCUAGAAAUAUCAUAGAGUAGACUAAAACAAACGUAACGCUACGGUUUGAGGAGCCAUAUUAUAGUAUGGCGGUAGAUGGGUAGGAUUAUGGCAGGGUUACGGUAGAAAAAGGAUAAGACGAGGGUAAGGCGCAACGACAAGGUGAGGUACGGUAUGAUAGGGUAUAAUGGGUUAGGAUCGGGUAGGGUAGGGUAGAGUAGGACAACGAAAACAUAAAAUAUUCAAAAAUUUUGAAAGAAAUUUAAUUCCAGCUGCCAAAGCGACAAUAUGUAUGAAUUUUCUUGGAAUUUUUUAAAAUUUGCGGCUUUUGAAGAAGAUGGAAUCGAGUUUUUUGGACCGAUGUCAGAAAGUAUUAAACCUAGUGAAUACAUUGAUUUCAAGAAAAAACUAGUUAACAAUGCCUACUUCAACAAUGUGUUUCAUGAGUUGAGGGAGAUUCAGAUCGUUGAAAGCCAGCUAUAUCUACAUUUUAUGGUAUCUUCAUUGAUUUUGAAUAACCUAGGCAAAGCGGCUAGACAGGUAGGGUAAUAUUUGAUGGUAUUAGGCAUACUAAUAUAGUAGUAAUAGUGAUACAAUAUUAAAUACUGUCACUGUUAGGUUGUUUUGGUAAAAUACGAUGUUUGAAAUUAAAAAUAGUAUGGUUUUGCAAAAUUUUAGACCGACCGUCUUUUGAAGAGCUACUGUUCAAACGGAUGUCACCUGAAUAAUAAUACUAAAGGUUGCACAUCUUCUAUUUUUCAUAAAGACAUCAACAAUCCGGAGCCAAAGAAGAGUCAACAUGCUUAUAUGUAAGUUUUUAAUCGGUAGUACGGUAUUUUUAGAAGUUUAGUGUAAUUAUCUACUCUGUUCUAGGUUGCUGUUGAGGGUAGGUUACGGUAGAACAGAGCAGGUAAGGGCAAGGCAAGGCGCGGUAGCACAGCGCACGGUAGAGUAGGAUAGGGAAACGUAGGAGGGAGUGGGAUAAAACAAACUAAGCAAGAGCAGGGCAAGACAAGGCAACGCAGAAUAGGUUAGAAUAUGUUAAACAGUGUAGGACAGAGUAGGGGAGGGUAGGGUAGAACAGGGUAAAGAAGGACAAGGAAAGACAGGACAGGGCAGGUCUGUGUAGAAUUCGGCAGGGUGGGGUAGGAAGGGGUACAAAAUAGGGUAAGGCAAAGGUGAAGUAGGAUGAAGCAGUGGGGAAGCACGGUCAUAUGCAAUAUAUAAAAUUCUGUUACUGAUAACAAUUUUAAGUUUACCAUAGUAGUUUACGUUUUACAGGAAACUAGAAUGCAACAAGCAAAACCUGUACAUCCAAAAGAAAUAUACCAUUGGUUAUGUUGACCUAGAGAGCUUUGUAAAAACCGAAAACUUUAGAUGUGUCAUCAUAGUACUGGCUAGUUGCUUUGGAAUUUUGAUGAAUAUUUACAUGGUAAUACUGUUUACCUUAUUACAAUAUUUUUUGUAUUUUUUGUUGGGGCAUCUUGAAUACCGUGUUUUACAUUACUAUGAUUUGUUGGACGGGUCGGCUAAGUUUUUUAGGUCUGGUCCAACUUUUUUAAAGUCAUGCUUAAUUUGAAAGUUAUACUGUAGCAUUUAGGUAUACCUACUCUACAUGGCACGCCACAAACUAAUCUCGAGUGGUGUAAUCCUGGUGUUUGCAUUUGCUGUAGCUAACUUAUUGUACCUUUUCAUGAAUUUGUACUUUGUUCAACAACAGUUUUAUCCAUUCUUUGAAGAACGAAACAAUGCCGACUUUUUUCGAAUUUCGAAUUAUUCAAGACAACGAGAUGACACCUUCUUGGCCGCGGUUUCUGCAUUGAGACUGACUUUGAAUGACGUAUAUAGGUUUUGAAGUGUAAUGGGAAUGGGCAUGUAUCAAUAGGGGUGGAAGGGGGAGGAAGAAGGGGUAACUUUGGUCUUGACUAAAUGAGGGUAGAGUGGGGUAGUGCAAGGCAGGGUAAAUUGAGAUGGAUAGAGUAGGGUAUGAUGGAGUAGGGUAAAGGGUAAAGGAGAGUGAAUAAUUAAAAAAAUAUUUUUUUUUGAUGAAAAGAAAAUAGGGUAGGGUAAACUUUGGGGCAAACAUGUUUUAAAUAGUAGGGGGUAUGUUAUGAAGUUAAAAAAAUUUUAUAAUUUUUAAAUUUUUGUUUAAAAAAUGAAGUUUCAGCGCUAUGGCAACGUAGAAACUGGCGAUUUUUCCCAAAAACAUCAAGGAGUCUGGUGGCUAGCUAUUGUUGAAAGCUUUCUGGUCAAUUUCUCACGUUCGGUCGCUGCUUGGGUACUUAUUCUGAUCAUAGGGUUGGCGUUCUACGAGCUUAGAUCGGUGAGUUUGUACCUAAUUUUUAAUUUUAUUAAAUUUUAUUUCUUGUUAAAAACAAAGUUUACCCUACCCUAUUAUAUCGUACUCUACCCUACUCUAUCUUACUAUACCUAACUCUACCAUAUUUGACUCUUCCUUGCUUUAUCUUAUCUUACCCUAACUUAUUUGGUAGGAUAGUAUACGAUAGCGUAAGGCGCUACUUUGCUCUAGCUCUACUCUGCUUUAGUUUACCUUGCCUCGGCCUGUUUAACCCAAUGCUAUUUCACUUUUGCCUUACUGCCUUAUCUUACUCUUUCUUACCAUGCUCUAUCUUACCUUACUCUUCCAAGUUUACUUUACUUUACUCUAUUAUACUAUUUUAUACAGGGUGCGCCAAAAGUGCUGUUACAAAACUUAACCGGUCUUUUCUCUAUGUUGCGGUUAAAUUAAUUAAAAUUUUUUUUAUUUUAGCUUAUUCUCCGUGUUUUUUUUAUUGUAUAAUCAUAAAAGUUAAGUCUUCAUUGUCUACCGUCUGUGUAUAUUUAGAUGUCAAACAUGAAGGCUAUCAUCAACAAAUUUCAUAAUGAAUAAUUGUUAAAAAAAGCUUUGAGCAUAAAUUAAACUAACUUUAUUUAAUUAAUUCAUUUUUCGUAUUUCACAAAAAAAAUUUUUUUAAAUCGAAAUUUUAGUCAUUUUGUGGCCAGAUUCGGCCGAGUGUCAAGAAAUGUUUUAUUGUUUUGAUAUUGAUAUCUGGUGUCGGAAUGGUCGCUGUUUACAUUUUUAUUGGCAGUUUGGAGUACACGAACAUUAGUUACUUAAACGAGGUAAUGCAGUCCAGAGGUUAUAAUCAAACUGCUAUUGAAAAUCAGUAGGUUAUUUAAAUUUGAAAAUUGUUUUAGUAAAAUGUAGACAAACUUUAAGUAUGGUAAAAUACGGGGAUUCUUUCGACGAGGCAAACAUAUAGAGUAUAAACUUGGUAUUGAAAUGGAUUGGUUAAGGCUUGGAUAAAAUUUGUAUGAGUUUGGUGUGAGAAGGUACGAGGAGAUGAUAGAUUAAGUAUAAUAAAUUAAGGUUGGCUUUUGGUUGAGGUUUCAAGAAAUUGCUAAGGUACUGAAAGGGUAGGGUAAGGGCAAGAAAAUAUACGGUAGGGUAGAAGAGACUAUUGUUGGGUAUGCCAAGCUUGAGAAGCGUAUAAUUGUGUAGGGCAUGUGGAUUUGAGGAAUGGGCUUUCAACCACGGCCCAAUUUAAAUUUGGAUCAGGCCCGGUCCGGCCCGUUCAUCAUGUCUAAGGGCAGGAUGGAGAAGGUGGGGGCAGGAUAUGGUACAGUAAUUUAAGAUAGCAUAGUGUAGGGUAAGGUAGGGUAGGGUAGGGUAGGAAUGUGCUAUACUAUACUAUACUUUUUCAGGUGCGAAAAGCUACUAAAACAAGACGUACGAAAAGAACUACUAAAAGGCCAUGCCUACUUUAUGGUCUUCUUCUUCGUAGUGUCAGUACUUUCUUUACUAGGUUUAUUUGCCUAUCACAAAUACAAAGUCAAGAAAUCAGCCAAUAGUAUACCUCCACAAGUCUAUGAGGAAAUGAAGAAGUCGUGGAAAAGCUUAUCACUGGCUUCUUUUGUUUAUAUUGCAUCUAAUUUUGGCACUACUCUGGUCGAAAUUCAAAGUUUGUUCCGGCUGGGUAAUUACAUGACCCAAACUGAUGUGGAAUAUAUUGCCAAUUUGUAUCGAUGGCUCUACUUGUUGUCGUUGAUUGAUCCGGUUGUUCAUCCACUGAUUUUGAUCUACAGGUUUAAGGUAAUGUGCUUAAGCAAGUGGUAAAGGUUAGUCUUUGCUUUGCUACACCUUGCCUUGCCGUGCCUUGCCUUGCCUUGCCUUGCCUUGCCUUGCCUUGCCUUGCCUUGCUUUGCCUUGUUCUGUUUAGCCUUAACCUGCGCUACACUGUACUACCCCUAACGUACCUGAUUUUUUGCAUAUUGUAUUUUACCCUGUCUUAUCCUCUAAACGCAUUAGAAUGCACGUUUCAGACCCUCCGCCAUCUCCACUACAAUGUCCAAAAGGAGCUGACCAAUCUACAAUUAAAAUCGAUUCUCCGCAAAAUGUCGGCCACUUUUACAUCUAAAAAUACGAACAAGAUUACCCGGUUUGACGACGAAAAGACUAGCAGUAUUAGGCCACGACGUUUGCGAGCUAGCGUACAACAAGACCUUCAAUGGAUGUUGAACUACUUGGAACGGGAAAAGAAGGCCAAGAUGGGGGAAAUUUAA